AUGGGGAAGAUGGCGGCGGCCGUGAGCUCUGUGGCUACGCUAGCGACAGAGCCGGGGGAAGAUGCCUUUCGAAAGCUUUUCCGCUUCUACCGGCAGAGCCGCCCCGGGACCGCAGACCUGGGAGGGGUCAUCGACUUCUCGGCGGCCCAAGCAGCCCACGGCACAGGACCUGGUGCCCACAAGGUGGUAAGAUCUCAGCUAAGUGUGUCCUCGGUGAGUGACCAUGAUGCACAUAGAGCAGGACUUCAACCGGUCAGCAAGUGGCAAGCCUACGGACUCAGAGGCUAUCCUGGAUUUAUUUUCAUCCCGAAUCCCUUCCUCCCAGGUUACCAGUGGCACUGGGUGAAGCAAUGCCUUAAGUUAUAUUCCCAGAAACCUAAUGUAUGUAACCUGGACAAACACAUGACUAAAGAAGACACCCGAGAUCUAUGGGAACAGAGCAAAGAGUCUCUGAGAUAUAAAGACAUGAAUAAACGGAGACCCCGAAGCUUACUAGAAAAACUGCGGUGGGUGACCCUAGGCUACCAUUAUAACUGGGACAGUAAGAAAUACUCAGCAGAUCAUUAUACACCUUUCCCUUCUGACCUGGCUUUCCUCUCAGAGCAAGUAGCUGCUGCCUGUGGGUUUCAAGGUUUCCGAGCUGAAGCAGGUAUCCUGAAUUACUACCGAUUAGACUCCACCCUGGGAAUUCAUGUAGACAGAUCUGAACUAGAUCACUCCAAACCCCUGCUGUCAUUCAGCUUCGGACAGUCUGCCAUCUUUCUCUUGGGUGGCCUCAAAAGAGAUGAAGCCCCGACAGCCAUGUUUAUGCACAGUGGUGACAUCAUGGUAAUGUCAGGUUUCAGCCGCCUGUUGAACCAUGCAGUCCCGAAGGUCCUCCCAAGUCCCGAGGGGGAAAGUCUGCCUUGCUGCCUAGAGACACCUCUCCCAGCCGUUCUCCCCAGAGAUUCGGUGGUAGAGCCCUGUUCUGCAGAGGACUGGCAGGUGUGUGCCAGCUACUUGGAAACUGCUCGUGUUAACAUGACUGUCCGACAAGUACUGGCCACAGACCAGGACUUUCCUUUGGAACCAGUGGAGGAGAAUAAAAGAGACUUCACCACAGAAGGUUUCUGUCAUCUGGAUGACAAGAAUAGCCAAGUAAAACGACCUAGGUUAAACUCUGACAGCUGAAAUUUGAGACUUUUACUCAGGCAGGUCUUAUACCAAAUGACCAUGCUGUUUUGUAUCGCCAUAGACUUUAGCACCAAGAAAGCCAAAAAGAGACAGGGAAAAACUCAUCAUUGAUCACACUGUUGCCUUGGAAGCUAUUUUGAAGAAUAACUGAUAAAGAAUAAACUGACUUCUCACAUACAUUAGUUCCUAACCAGGACUGGACCAGAGAAGCAUUUGACAUGGGUCAGUAUUGCUUAGACACUAAUGUAUGUGAGAAGUCCAAGAAAGUAUGACAUUCCACAGUAGCCUUCUCAGUCUCUGCCAUUACCUCUGCGGGAGGUAGAAGUGAGUUUCUGUGUCUGUGGAGUCUUUAAAUACCUCAUAUUUUAUUAAUGGAAAAGCUAAUACCCCUCCCACCACCCCAAUUAGUGAUUUUGUGAUAAAAUUGUGGUUCCACGAACCAACCAUUAGGUCCACCUUAAUUCUUUCAGUCAACAUCAAAUCUUUUGAUCUUCUCUUUCAUCUUUUCUGGCCUUCACAGAAUCCUAUACACAUUAAGACUGUGGAACUGGAACUCUCAUCCCCUAAAAAAGAAAUUGAUCACAGCUAUCUCUCUUGCACUCAAGGAAAGGGAACAGUAGUUUCUCCAAAUGUCUUUUAGGUCUCUAGACUCUUGCUAUUGUCUUUUUAAUGCAAUUUUAAUUAUUGGACUAAAAAAGUCCUAAGGAUGUUCUGUAAUUGCUCUCCACGAAUAAACUUACUUGAUUUUAAAUUAAA